GUGAAAACUAAGAAAAACAUUGAUUUGUAUCUUUAUGAAUAAAAUUUUUAAUUAAAUUAAGAACAAAACUAUAAUAAAAAUGGCAAAGGAAAUGAUGAUUGUAUUUGUGUACGAUACCAAAGCUGUUGAAGAUGCCGAAAACGACGGUUUUGAUGGUAUCGUGUAUUUCCAUCCGAAUUGGGUACCUGAACAACAAAGAACGGCACUGUGCGGACAAGUCAUCGGAACUGCACAUUGCUUAAAGUCAAUAUUUUCUAGUCCGAGGAUUAUAUCAUUACAAACUGGAAAGUUUUUUAUAUCAGAUUUUUCAAGAUAUCUUAUGGUUGUGGGAACAGAUAGAAAUAUUAACGAUUGGAUCUUGGAAUAUCGUGCAAAUUUAUUAAGUUCCCUUUUAAAAUUUUAUCAUAAAGAUUUCGAUUUAAUGUUUAAUAUGUGCCAAAAUACCGAAGGAUUUAUGACAAAGUUGUAUUGCGUAUUGGAAGCCUACAUAAAUUUAUUAAUUUAUGGUCAUGGUGGGAAUAUUUUCCAUAAUAUUAUUUCCCUUCAAUUGCCAAAGAGCGCUAGUUGUGUGUAUUUAGAAUCCGUUCAAGUAUUACGAUCAUGUCAAAGAAUUGAAACCGUUUUAGGUGGAGUACUUUUAUAUCACAACAAGAUUGUAGCUACACAACUAAGUACAGCAAGUGCGAAAUGGUUGGUACUUACCAACCCAUAUCAUCUCAAAUCGACUGCAGAAGUUAUAAAAACUAAUUUUGAUUUACCUAUUGGUACUAAGUUAUUACAGGUUUAUAUCAAAAACGAAGAAUAUGAACGGUUAAAGAAGGAAGGUGGGACAUUACGAGCAGCAAAACAAUAUUUUGUUAAUAAUAAUUUUAAAGCAAAUCCAAUAAAAGAACCAGUUUUAACAAAAAUUAAACGGGAUCAAUCAUUAAUUUUUACAACAGUUCCCGAGGAAGGAUCAGAAGAAGUAUUUAACAAAACAAUUCCACAAAAAUCUACAUCUAAAUCUGUACAAAAUCGACCAAAAUUUUUAAAUUUAAAAAUGAAAACAACCGAUAUAAAACAACCGGAAAUCAAAUCGUUAGUAACAACACCGUUUCAAGGAAAUACAAGUAUUUGUUCAACACCUUUAAGCGAAUUAAACAAAGUUCUUCACCAAAAUUUAAUGUCAAUAUGCGUUAACACAAAUAAAUUAGAAAAGAAUUCAAAACCCGAAGAAAAAAUAGAUGAUUCUCUCAAUUCUUUAUUAUCAGCAAUAUCCGAUAACGAAUUAAUUCAAGAAGAAGAAAAAGAAGAUUUCAUCGGUUUUAAAAAAUUUUCUAGUUGUAAUGAUUUAACAACAACUUGUGACGAUGAUGAAAAUAAAAAUUUAAAACGUUUAAGAAAAACGAUAACGGAUCCAACAUUCCCAGUAUUUUCAUUUAAAGGUUUACCAAUUUCGGAAUAUUUACAUAACGAUUUAAUUUGUAAUGGAAAUUUAUACAAUAAUAAUAAUAUAGAAAGUAAAAAUUCUGAUCUCAAUAAUUCCGACGAUGUUUGGAAAUCGUUUCAAGACUUUGACUCAUCAUGUUUUGAAGAAAGUAAACAACCAAUUAAAAUAGUUAAUCGUAACGAUAACAUUGAAUUAAGAAAGUCUUUAACUUUACCGUUAAAGCCGGAGACGCAAAUUGCGAAUACAUUAAGACCUAAUAGUAUAUUAACACCUUUAAUGUCGAAAUUAAGUAUUUUAGAAAUGGAAGAAAAAGAAAAAUCCGAAAAUAUUCAAAAAGCUAAUCAGAAAUCUACCUUAAAAAGAAGCUUUUCAUUUUUUAAUAAUAAUACGACAGACAUUAUUGAAAACGAUGAUGAUUUAAAACCGGUUACGUUGUUUAUUUGUGGACAACAAGAUAUGGUUGUUUGCUUAUUUUUGGAUCAAGAUUCGCCAAUUUCUUUAAAUUUAAUAAAUCAAAUGUAUGAAACUUGUACGGAUUCUUUGGGAAAACUUGAUAAACAAAUUCGGCAAUGUUUGGAGGCCCACCCCGGUGGAUCUCAAAUUGACGCAAAUGAUCCUUAUAGUUACUUGUGUUUAAAACGGGGUUGGGAUACCGUACAAAAAAUUGGAGCUUGGGAUUCUUAUGAAUUAAGCACUGUUUCUAAUAUACAUAGAGAUUUUCUUGGGAAAAGAAAUCUGACUGAAGUAACUAUAAGAGGGGAUAUUUACAUAGUUUAUGGAAAUAAUUCUGGAUCCACCGAAAUUUAUUAUAACCAAGCAACAUCGGCUAAUGCAGGUCUACCAACACCGGCAGAUCAAAUGAGUAUUGUUUCAUUAAAAGCCAAAAGAAGAUUAGAAAGGGAUCACGCCAUUGUACUACAUUAAAUCAUCAAAAAAAGUUUUUGUUUUUAUAUUAGCCCUUUAACUCACAAUUUUAAAGAAUUAAAUUUAUUUGGUAGAUUAUAAUUUGGACGUCUCGGGUGUUUUUCGAGAAUUUCAUAAACAUUGAAAAUGUGUUUAAAGGGUUAAAAUAAUAUAUUGCUAUUCGAGUACUUAGAAGUUAAAUAGUGCGUUAGUUAUUUAUUGUAUUUUUGUUUAAAUUGAUUGAUAUUUUAGUCGAAGAAGUACUUUAAAACUGUAUGGUAUUGUAGUUACAUUUCAAAACGUACUCAAUAGAUAUUAUUAUUUACUGUGUUUAGAGUUGAUGUUGAAAAAAUAGUUUAUGAGUUUUAUUAGAAAGUUUUCUGUUUCCGUUUUUUAUUUUGGAAUUGUUAGAAUCUAGUCCGUCGAAAAUUUGUAUGUGAUAUUUAUGUUAACGUAAACGUCACGAUAGAAAAAAAUGUUCUCUCUGUGUGAUAUAUAACAUUCCAUUCAUUUAAAAUAAAUGUUUACAAACUCAUUACAA